AUGGCUAAGGAACAUCCAGCAAAGAUUCCUGCCAAAGACAAAACACCCAAGAACAAAAAGUCAAAGUCAAAGUUACAUAGACUAAAAACCGUCGAUGAGCCUCAGAAGGGCCGAGGUUGUGACUCUAUUCGGAACACGUUGACAGCACUGCAUAACACCGUCUUCAGUAAACGUAAAGAUAUCCCCGCCGAAGUGCAAGAGUUCUGCUAUCGUGUUGGUAUUCUGCACACUCACGUGCUUGAGUUUGCCUUGAAGGCUAGUAUCAACGAACAAGAUGGAGAAUGCAUGGAUUGGCAAUGGGAACCAACGACCCCCGUUCACCUGUUUCGUAUGACCUAUGAAGAAUCUUGUUAUCCUGAUGGAGCGGUAGUGAGGCCUUGAGAUAUGAGCAAUUCACAAAUACCUAAGGGGACGUAAUGUCACGAUGAUACCUUG